GAGAAUGAUGCAACCUUACCUUAGACAGCGAUCAGAUGUUCAACAUGUUGAGCGGGCGAAGGUUAGAACAGCAGUUUCACUUGCACACACAACACUUGGAGGACUACACGUGGUUUUUCGGAGUUUAAUAGGGGAUUACACGUCAAUUGGUUCGAUAGUUGCUGAAUUUGGGGGUGAUGGGGCGGAAAAUCCCGGGGAAAAAGCACAGGGGAGUGAAGGAUCCGGAGAAACAACGCGCACAGAGAUGGGCUGAAUUAAAAACAAAAGUAAACAAUCCCCCCAAAGACGACGAGCAAAUAAUCCCCAAGAGUCUGCAAAGAGUAAUUAAACUGAAGGAUGACGUUAAGAGUGGGCGAAUAGGAGUUGCAAAGAGGAAAAAACGAGGAAAAGUAAAAGACAAAUUAAUUAAAAUAGGCGGAGGCGGUCAAUCAACAAAACAUCCCAAAGGGAGGCCCGAAAAAGUUGUGCCCGUGUUCAAUCAGAUGCCCAACGAGAAGCCUCAUCAAUUUCUCAACAGAGUCCACAGAGAAACUCAGAAUUUCAUCAACGAAACUGUCUUCGAGAAGAAGUACAACGUUCAGGUCAAGAGGAAUGCGGAGACUGGGACGAUUGAGGGGUUGGAGAAGAGUCCCAAGGACGAGAUCGACGAGUUGAUGAAGUUGCAGAAGAAACACAAGAACAUUGGGAAGAAGAAGAGGACGACGACUGAACCGAAAUUGUCGAAGAGUCAGAAACGAAUGAGGAAAUUGGAGAUGAAGAAGGCCUCCAAGUUGCAGGAGAAUAUCGAUGAGUUUAAACAGUUUAGGGAGGAUAUCAAGUUCGGGGAUAUUGUUCAUGCUCCACCUGAUCUCAAGGUCAAACCUGCGAGGAUUGAGAAACUUAAAACGAAGUCUGGAAAGCCUGAUUUACUUCUGAACUCUCUCCUGAAUAAAUCUCCAGCUUCGAAGACGACGACUCCUAUGGACAGGACUGGAAAACGAAAAAAUCUCCCAUCAGCAGAAAGAAGAAUCCUGGAGAAGCAGCAGAGCGAAAUCGUCAAUGCCUAUAGACUAAUGAAAGCUAAAAAAUCAUUAAAUCACGAUUUAGACUAAAAGAAGAGCAUUUUUGCAGUGAAUCACUCAACUCAGCCCACCUCAUUCCCCUCAGCUCCAAUCUCCCAGCCAGCAAUCAGGUAAUCACAAAGAAACCCCAAACUUCUAAAAUCCAAAAUACAUUUCAUUUAUUCACAUUCAGUUAAACUACAAAAAUUCACACUACAAAGUCCGUAUAACACCACAGUACCAUGACGAGACUUUCGAGAAGCUGAAGGAUCCCCAAAAAAAUCGAAAUUGCCCUCUGACUCUCGUCUUAUCAUUAAAUUAUUGAAUUAUUACUAAAAUUCAGUUGAAAUGUUGAAGCUCAGGCAAUCAUAAAAAAAUCAAAUGACAAAAUUCAAACAAAUAAUUCUUCUAAUUUAUUUACAAUCAAAUUAGCUACAUGAAUCACCCCACAACCACAAUAAAAUAGAACGGUAUCAUUCUGAGACUUCCCCCACCCCAAGAAUCCUUAAAAAAAUCCAAAUUAUCCAGUGGUCCAGACAAAAGGCUCCAGUCGAUCCUUGAUAGGCAGCAGAUUAUUCA